AUGGAAGACCUCUUUUUGGUGAAUCUCUGUCAACCGAUCCCGCUCAUAGCAACUCACCACGAAUGCGACUCGAUUGUCACAGAAUCCACGCUUCGAAUUCGAGAAUGCUUGACAAGCUUAACCAGCUUGCUUGUAGAACGCUCAUUAGCACUCUUGAAAUGCGCCAAGUUUGACACAGCCUUUACGCGACACGAAUGCCAUUCCGGGACCUCCAUCCGACAUUAG